GCGGGGGCCGGGCUGCGCCGGGGGAGGGGCUGCGGCCGGUCGACCUCCUCCAGGGCUGUCCUAGCGGUUUGCGACUAGCCAGGGAGCGCAGAGGCAGCGGGAGCCCGGGAGCAAACCGAGCCGGCCAUGGGCAAAUCAGCUUCCAAACAGUUUAAUAACGAGGUCCUGAUAGCCCACAACGAGUACCGGAAGCAGCAUGGUGUCCCCCCGCUGAAGCUCUGCAAGAAGCUCAACCGGGAGGCUCAGCAGUACUCAGAGGCCCUGGCCAGCACAAGGAUCCUCAAACACAGCCCGGAGUCCAGCCGCGGCCAGUGCGGAGAGAACCUGGCCUGGGCGUCCUAUGAUCAGACAGGAAAGGAGGUGGCUGACAGAUGGUACAGUGAAAUUAAGAACUACAACUUCCAGCAGCCUGGCUUCAACUCCGGGACUGGACACUUCACGGCCAUGGUGUGGAAGAAUACAAAGAAGAUGGGUGUGGGGAAGGCAUCUGCGAGCGAUGGCUCCUCCUUCGUGGUGGCCAGGUACUUCCCGGCAGGGAAUGUCGUCAACCAGGGCUUCUUUGAAGAAAAUGUCCUGCCUCCAAAGAAGUAACUUGCCAAAUGCAACGGGCAGGUGGCAGACCUAAGAACGUGGAUAUGAAGUGCCUAGAACAACAAAAACGCAGCUGUGCGUCUGUCUUUGUGGGUGUAUGUGCUUGUGUGUGUGGUGCAUGUGUGUCUCUGGCACACACACUUGGACAUACAGUUUUGCAUGAACUCAUUCUUAGCAAAGGAAUGAGCCGUUGAAGCCUUUACUCUGAUUGUUAGACCAUAAUUAUUUGGACUUUGCCAGGGGGGGGGGGGAUCCAUUUUUAAACUUUCUGUUAUUUUUUUAAGCAAACUUUUAUACCUUUCUUACUGAUUUCAAAUGUUUGUGAUGCUGAGAAGUGAAGUUCAUUUCCUGUGAUCUUCAUGCAUUGUAAUCUACGUGCGGUAGAUAUUUAAGAACAUUAAACCUUCAUUUAAAUGUGA